UCGAGGAUCAAAAUCUCGCCCCAAACUCCACCGUUAGUGACCUUAUCAAGGUCUUUUCCAAGUCGACCAGCGGCUGGAUCUAGCAGAGCGAACGCUCCUGCCCCGGCUACGGACUGCGACGGGUCAUAGCGAGCUCACGGACAUCAGAGAUACCUCUCGACAUACCACUAUUUUCUUGGAUACGAUCAACUUGUCACACCUUUACGACGAUUCUUGACGACAUUUCAUCCAGCUAUCCCGAUAUUCUCUGAUUCUUUAACGACCACACUAUACUAUUUUACGCAUCAUUAUCACUUCAGCUCGAUACCUAGCAAUCGAUCACGAACCGAACCGGACGGGCGAUAUCGUACAUCAACAAACACAAGCGCAACCCCAGUCAUGUCGACUCUGACCGUGCCAAAACCGAAAAAGCAAAGCAUGUUCAGCCUCAAUCUACCUUCGAUGAGCAGAAAGAAUUCGAGCAACUUGCUCAGCCUUGGAGGCGGAGGCAAGGAGGAGAAGAAGGAGAAGGAAAGAGAAGAGAAGGAGAAGAAGCGGGAUAAGAAGGGGAGCAAGAUGGGGAGUAUGAGUUUUAGCGGCAAGCGCAAGCUCAAUGAGGAGAAGGGGACUGGAGAUGAGGAUGGAGGUGAAAGUGGGGGUGGCUUUGUCGUGGUACAGGAUGAAAGACCGCCUCAUCUGGACCUCUCUAGAUCUAUCACCGAGAACAGACCUAGCCGUCUGUUCCAGAGCACAAGUACCGCUCCGAGUACUCCGGUCACUCCUACCACUCCCAUGACUCCGACUCCCACUACUAUCGCCAUCACCGAUACCGAUACCGGUUCAACAGAGCCAGGAACAGGUCCCGCUCAGAUCGGAACUGUUGGUGAUAGGAGUAGGAUCCCGGCGGGGCUUCUUCCUGGCGGGAAGAGCUCGAACUUGGCCGUCCCGGUCGGUUAUCAACCUAUUAAUUCCCAUCAUAGCAACACCGACGACGGCACCUCUUCUGCGAGUUCUUCACGGGCUCCCUCGCCUUUAGGUCACCUUAUUACCACUUCCUCACCUACCCCCAACCCGGACUCGGUAGUACUCCCGGCUGAAAAGACGGCGGACCGAAACGUACCCUCGAUCUGGUCCAAAGAUACGUUCAAAGGUCAAGCCCCUUCCACCUCCUCUCCCGGUCAUAACACCGGUCUCGGUCUAGGUCGACCUCGAAGCACCCUAGGACUUUCUCCGUCUGACGAGCAAGAGAACGGGAAUGGGAAGCGGAACCUCACUUGGACCCCGGCGGCUGUCGAACCGGGGUUGGUCAAGCGGAGAUCGAUGUUGUGGGACGUGCAGGGUGGUCCGGUGUCCGCGGCAGGCUUAGGGUCAGUAUCGGGGUCGGGCAUUCCUGCAUUGAAGCACAAGAGGAGCGUCUCGGCGAUCGUCAGCCUGGGUGCUGGAAGGAGUGGUGGUGUUGGUGGGAUUGUCGGUGGGAGCGUUGGUGGGACUGGAAAGGCAGAUAUUCCGAACGCGAAAGUGGACAAGGAGAAGGACAAGGCGCAACCAAAGAUGAUCAGUACGGGGAUGAGUCUACGACCUAGGGGGCCUAAACAGGCGACUGUUACCACUACAAACACGUCGAAUGCCGGAGCGGGGCUCGCAGUUUCGAAGAAACAGAGUCAGAUUCAAGUUUCGAAGAGGUCAAGUACGCCCGUCGCCCUCGUACCCAUGUCCACGGGUACGAGCACCGGUGCGGAGACGGUCAAGAAGGAUGCAGCUAGUGGGAAUCGAUUGAGUAAACGAGCUAGUCAGAUGAGCAUGUUGCCACCCGCCAAGAUCGCCAGCGCUAGGACGGUCAAGGCUGACAGACCGGUGCCCGAGGCUGCGAGACGGUCAGUCAGGUUGGGCAACAUCAAGGAGCCAAGCACAAGUACGACCGCGACCACGGAGGAUGCAGCGCAAUCCCUGUCGGUCUCGAUAGCCGGAUCUGUCAAGCUCAGGACGACCAAGAGACGAUCGAUGAUGCCCCUGGGUUUCGUCGAGACUUCGGGAAGCCAGGAGGUCUUGGCUUCUGGGAGCGAUGAACUGUCCAAGUCGGGAGUAGAGGACGUCGAGACGAACAGGCAGGACGCGUUGGAUAAGCUUAUGGGGAAAGGAUCCGAGGUUGGUGACAAGAGGAAUUCGUUGACGGCCAGUACGGCUUCGGUUCGAGGCAAAGCAGGGGUUCCAGCGGCGAACACGACCCCGAGGGCGAUUUCCAAACUGCCUACUCCGUUGCGUGCUCAGCCGGCUACUCGUCGGGCUGCCAGCGUCGCUACGACUCCGGGAGGAUCAAAGAGUCUCGGUCCGACCACGGGCAAAGCGAAUCGAAUCGGUGGUGAUCGACCUCCGGUGACCAUGCUUGCGAAACCUGACGGAUCAAUCAAAGGAAAGGAUACGUUGACGCGUUCCCGGGGUAUCAAGGUGGAAGACGCCGGCAAGAUCCCGAAGUUGACGAUGACGCCUGACGCUGCCGAUCGCCGAAGCCCGAUCCGAGCGACGACGGCGAUGGGUACGGUGACUCCCGAACGAGAUCCGCUUGAUGCAAGGUCGAUCGGUACCGAAGACGUUACUACGCCGGCGUCGUCGAUCUGCCAGACGCCGAGAUCCAAGAUGUUGUUAUCUCCAGCACGUGCGGCGGUUCCGAGCGGGAGUAGCAGGAUGUCGUUGUCUCCCUCGAACAAGGAUCCUUUGACGAGGUUACGUGGGACGCCUGCGAGUCAGGGAGGAGAAGCUCGAUCGCGCACGUUGUCCAACAAUAGCGACAUUGACGUCAGGUUGGAACAGACGCGAAGGACGUGGUUGGGCGGAUUGGGAAGGCGUGAUCUGGGUGGAGAAGGGGAUAGUCCGUUGACGGGUAGGAUGAGCGAUUCUAAAUUGGACGGGUCGCCGAGAUCCAGUCGGGUUAGAAGGGUCGCGAGUCGGGCUAGCAGCGGUGGGAUCGGAGGAGGCAAGACGGCAGACGUCUUCGGAACUGACAAGGUGACGUCCGCCAAGAUCGUGGCAUUGGAAGCGCAAGUCAAAGCGAUGCAAGAACAGCUGGAGCGAGAGAGGGCGGCGCACGAGAAACGAUCCGAACAGGCGCGAGAGAGACAAGCUGUCAAGGAGAUGUUGGUCGCGGUCGUUCGAGCGUGUGAGAAUGAGCUCGAACUCCUCGAGAGGCGCCGCGCCGAGAAAGAGCGGAUGGUGGACGCUUUCGAUCGAGCUGUGAGCGUAGCCGUCAGUGGGUUGUAGACUGUGAAAGAUUGAUUAUGUAGACGAGAACGCAAUACGAUGAUGAUGAUACCAUUUUUGUGCAUCGCUAUUACCGCGCUGGAACGGAUG